AUCAAUUAAAACAAGAAGCACAACUUUCUUUUACUACAAUCAUCAGCAUCAGUGGCUGGAAAACGAGGUGAGUGCAUCCAUUCAAAGAGUGUUCCUACCUUACUGUGAGACCCUCAGGAAGUGACUGGAAACUAGGAAGACAAAGGAACAGUUUAAACACGAUUAAAUCUCUGCUAUCCUACUUAGAAGACGCCCACCUGCCUUCAGCAAUGUUCCUGACAUUGUUUCUGCUGCCUACACUUCAUCUGUUACACUCCGUUACAAGUCUUCCAUACUCCAACGGUUUCUACUACAACAACCUCAACGGCAACGGAAACGGAAAUGGGAAUGAAAUAUACUUCAAUGGUGUGAGACUUGUCGUCAAUACCUCAGAUGAUCUCAUUUUUGCUUCCCGUGGGACAAACAUCACACUUCCAUGUCACUAUGCAUAUGAGCCAAAGUUGUCUACACCCCGCAAGAUCCGUGUUAAAUGGACCAGAGUACGUUCAGAUAACACAAAGGAAAGUGAUGUGUUGGUAGCCAUUGGCCUGAAACACCGUAGCUUUGGAGACUUCAAAGGUCGGGUACACUUGCAGAUGAAUGAGCCCCAUGAGGUAUCACUAGUCAUCACUGAUUUGCGGCUAGAAGAUUCAGGAAGAUAUAAAUGUGAGGUUAUUGAUGGACUUGAGGAUGAGAGUGGAAUUGUACAUCUGGAACUGCGAGGAGUAGUAUUUCCCUACCAGCCACAUCAUGGCAGAUACAAAUUUAAUUUCCAUGAAGCAAAAGAAGCAUGUGCAAGCCAGGAUGCCACAAUUGCAUCAUUUGAGCAGUUGUUUAAGGCAUGGGAAGAAGGGUUGGACUGGUGCAAUGCUGGCUGGCUGACAGAUGGCACAGUGCAGUACCCCAUUACCUUGCCCCGUGAACCCUGUGGUGGGAAAGAUAUGGCUCCUGGUGUUAGAAGCUAUGGAAACAAGCACAGGCACCUUCACAGAUUUGAUGUCUUCUGUUUCUCAUCAUCAUUUCAAGGUAAAGUGUAUUACCUGCAACACCCGGAUACGCUAAACUUUCAGGACGCUGUAAAGGCCUGUGAGGAAGAUGGGGCCACGAUAGCCAAAGUUGGCCAGAUCUAUGCAGCUUGGAAAUUCUCAAACUUAGACCGCUGUGAUGCAGGUUGGCUAGCAGACGGAAGUGUACGGUAUCCCAUUUCUCGUCCUAGACUCAAUUGUGGUCCUCCAGAGCCUGGUGUACGCAACUUUGGUUUUCCCGACAAGAACGAAGAAUAUGGUGUCUACUGCUACAAGAUGAGUUAAAAGAUAAAGAGAUAUACACACACAGCCCACAAUUUGGCUGUUUUGAGCUCAGUUUUAUGCCUGCCAUAUCUGUUAACCUGCUACCUCCCAAAAGAUAUGCAAACUGUUUUCUAUAAGACAUUUACACUGGUUCAGCCUGCUUUGGGAGGAAAAUGUGAAAAGGCUUCAAUAAUUUUGUAUCUUCGACAAUUUUUUUUUCUUUCAUUUCCUCAGAAAUGAGGCCACAUAAAUGAAAAGUUAUGCUUUAUUUUCUAGAGGAAUAAGGGACCAAAUUAAGUUACAUGUCCCUUGGUUUUGUGACAAAUGUUUAUAUAUUUAUCUUUAAUAGUCAUUGUAAAUUAUAUUGAUGUGGACAUGCAGUUACGUGUGUUUGCUUUAUAAAAAUAUGUCUGAAAUGAAUGCAUAAGAACAGCUCUAACCAUUGAAGAGUUGUUUUUUUUCUGUUGACAAUAUAUGCAUCAGAAAGGAAUAUCUGUAUACUUUAUGUAAUGAAAAAUGAAUAGUAAGCAAAUCUGGACUAAGCUGACAGUACCUGCUGAAAGAUGAUUAUGUGUUAAAUACAAAGGGUAUUAUUUUCACAAAACCACAUUAUAACUUCCAUGUAAGGACAGAAAACACCAUUCUCACAAUGAUGCAAGUUAUAACAUUUGUGCCAUUGGAAUAUAAUCUGCUGCACUGGCUGAACCUCUUGUAUAGCUGGCAGACUGCCUAAAAACAACUAAGGGGUCUAUAUGGCUGAAUUAUCCCCUCUGUUUCACACAAUCUGCUAUUUUUGAAACAAAAUGAGUCAGGUUCUCAAGACAGACACACUGUUAAUCCUCCAAUAUUCUCAUCCUAGCUAACCAGAUAAUUGCAUGCACAAAUUGCAACCACUUCCCCUAUUCUCACUGCUGAAGAACUGUUCCCGAAAAAUUGCUAAAUCAAAACUGACCAAAAGUACACCUCUCCUACAACCCACACACAGUGGUAAAACUAAGUGGUUUGCAAGGAGUCCCCUACACCACAAUAUGUGGUGCAACCUCCUACAUCACAUUUGAUUUACAUCUGCUAACUCCACGUUUGCGUAACCGUGGAGAAAGGGAAAGCUGCCAAUAACGUGCACAGCAGUGUUGCACAAACAGCGAUUCCUUUUUGCCUAAGAGGCUAACCAUCUGAGCAUCAAUAAAAGAUGAUUCUAACCAGCUAUGUUUGGGCAGUUAUUAUCAUAUUAUAUUAUUAUUAUUAUACUAUUUUAUGUUAUCAGUCACCUAUAGGAGAACCUUACAUCCUCACAUUCUCAGUUUCAGCAGUAUAUCUAAAAGGUUUAUGACAUUAGAUGCAGAAGUUUCUUUUCACAGGCAGGAUGAUUGGGGGUCAUCAGCUGGAUUAACAGAAAAUUAAUUGAACCAUUUCAUAUCCUGGCUAAUGCUGUACUGCCAUCAUUUACAUCAAAAUAUUCAUAUUUUGCCCUUAUAUUUAAUGGCACAUCAUAAUAAAUGCCUUGACAGCCCUACUAGUCUCAGUAGAUUGCUGUGUUAUCACUUUUUUUUGAAGAGUAAGAAAUCAUCUUUACUGCGUAUUAUCAUUUACAGUUUCACCUUCUUAUUUGCCUAAUAAAAGACUUGGCAAACCUUGCUUUCCAAAAUAAGCAUGCGGAGUAAGAAAAGUUACAACUGCUCAAACUUUGCAAAUUAUUGAAUGUAGCCCAUUUUGUACUGCUUUUCUUUUUUUUUUUUUUCUUUUUUUGCCGUCUCAUCCAGUGGUAUUGUAAAGGUAUUCAUGAGCUGUUUCAGUUGUAUCACUAUGCCAUCAGAUGGGCUGUAAGGAAUCCUGUGAAAUUUUCCAGUAAGCAGACCUGGCAGAGGGAGUUCCAGUAAUGCCAAUUUCCACAAAUUUUCAGAUAUGUUCCACUUCUAAUUUGUGCUUCUGUUUGAGCUGGUUUCAUCAAAAAAAAUCGUAUUAAUUAAGUCCACACAUUUAAAUUUUUAAAGCAAUUAGUUUAUUUCUUAGCAUGAAAGCAGUUUCUUUGUGCCAAAUGAAUUGUUCAUCUGCUUGGUUUUCUCUCCUUGCCACUUAUCCUCUCUUAGAAUUUUCAUUGGAUCAUCUUCCAGUGGUAAUCUCAAGCAGGGGGAUGAACGAGUUUAUCUUCCAACUAAAGGCCUAGAAAAUAAUCAAAAGAGUAACUAGAAGGAAGCAUAAAGCACUAGUAUGUCUACAUUUUACUUCAGCAUUCCAAACAGUCCUCACAUUUUAUUCAUGCCAACAGAGAUGACAUGGACAUUGUGCUCUCUGCUAGAUACAUAACCCAACUGAGUCCUUUCCAAUUUAUGAUUACCCAAUAUCUCUCAACCUUUUUGUGCAAGAAAUCUGGACAAAUCCUGACAAAAUGGGGGGACAAAGGCCCAAAAUCAGGGACGGAUUGUAAAUAUUGAUCUUAUAAACUUAGAGAGUUCCUUGAGUAACAAGGUUUGUGUUUAAAUAUGUGCAACCAGAUUUUCCUGGCUAGGAAGGCAGUACAUUGACAUUAUUAAAUCUAGGAAACCACCACUUGUUAUUUGUGGUAGUGCAAAACAGACUGUACAAGUAAUAUGCCUCAUCUAAAAAUACGGUAUUCAAGUGUAAAGCUAGAUUUUCUUUAAUUAGAACUUUUGAGAUGGUGGAAAGGUAAUUCACUGUGCCAAUUUUUUCAUUACAAUAGGGUAAGAUAUCGUGUGUAAAGAUGGUCUGCACCAAAACAAACAAUGACAAUUCAUUCCUAACUAUGGCCUCAAAUUGUUUAAAACUGAUGCAGAGUUGUGACAUACUAUCACACUUUACUAAAGGCCAGUUUGACAUUACACGCACUGACCAAUAUACUUUUUGCACUGCAGUUCUAUAUGAUAGUGAUGUGGUAAGUUUCAGACUCUAAUAUCCAUUUGCAGACUAUCACCCGUACAUUUUUAACCAUUGGUUCAAUCCAUAUAAUAAGAAUUACUCUUUCAGCCCAUGAAUGUAAAAUACUCUCCCUUGCUAAUAACCUACAACAAAUUUUCUGUGUAAUGUACUAGUGAAAAGCAUUUAAAAUAACCAUAAAGUACUUUGCACAUAAGUGGUGCUAAAAGAUGAGAAAUAAAAAAAUAAAUCAAAUAAAAUUUCUCCUAAAGAGCAACAACGGCGUAUUUAAAAGUUACAGGAUUAACAGACUUACAACAAAUACAUUAUGUGUGACCCAUCCAUCCAUACCCCUUUUUCCCAUUUUCCACAUGGGGUUGGGGUGUCACUUUAACAGUGACAAUCACCUAGUGCCAAGGUUCCCACCACUGGGUGGCUAGCCCUGUCAUGAUUCCUCUUCCAUACCACUCACACUCAUGCAAACUCACAUCUAUGGCUAAUAUAGAGAGUCCAGUCCAUCUAAUGCAUGUCUCUAAAGUGUGGGAGGAAACCAGAGCACCCAGAGCGGACCCACAUGGACACAAGGAGGACAUGCAGACGCCACACUGUAGGCACCCCAGCUGCAAACUGAACAGGAGAACAUCUUGCUGUGAGGUGACACUAUUGACUGCACCGCUGUGUCCCUGUCCUACCUUAUAAAACAUCUGUGUGAUAUGGUAACUGUUUUGAAGGUUCUGAGGUUCUUAACUGCAUUUUCUAGCAGCUUAAUAGCAUAAGUGGGUCAUUUGUAAAUAUUCUACAAGUUGUUAAAUGAAUAAUUACCAACAUUUAGUGCUGUCAUGCAGCGUUCACUUAUGCUAAGUUUGGUGUGCAUUGUGUUUAGACAUAAGUGCAGAUUGCCCAAACUAUAGAAUAUGUAUCAUUCUGUGCCUAAAGAGAGUGCCCUUUAACCUCUGACAUAUCUGUAUUCCUGUGAUUUAUGUCUAUAGAAAUGCAUCAGUGUAGUACAUUGUACUGUAGCUUAAGGGACCUAAUCUUUGCCUUUGCACAGCAAACAAAUGUGAUUUAAAAUGUCUCUCUAAACGAAAAGUACAUUUUGACUGUGUGAUUGAUUCAUUAAUAAAUAGUCUUGCUGAUGUUAUAGCAAACACAUUUUAGUUGUAUAUCUUCCAUUCUAACUAGGGAAGCUAGUUUAUAUUACUUUCCUCAUGGGUAUGGAAGUCUAUAACUAACAAUGCAACCCUUCUCAGUCAUUUAAGUAGGUGGUCAGCUUUGCAAAGUCUGUAUCAUAAACAUAAAGGCGCUGUAAGGUUAUUUUAACACAGCUGGUGGUCUUUUCUCAAAAGGAAUACCAAAGGAAAUGGAUACAUAAAUAAAACAGAUAUCAAACAGCAUGUUGAAGGGUGGUCUACCUCUUGGACAGUAAUGCUAUUUGAGCUGUCAUAGUAAAAGAUAACAAUGUUAUGGGGCUUAGAAUCAACAGAUACUGUCAGCUUUCUCACAUACAACCAGCAGUGAAAUUGAUUGUUUAUGAUUUUAAUGCACUACUUUUGUACCAACAGCUACUAAGAUUAUUUUACGAAACAAUGGAUGCCCGUCAUGUAUAGCUUAACACAGUUUAUCUACCUGAAGAUCUUGUUGUCUGUUGCAUAUAUUCCACAAACUGUUUUUAUUAUACUGUACAAACAACACAGAAAAAAAAAAACAGAUUGCUGUGCAUUUUCUUAUUCAUAAUGCAAAAUAGGAGCCAUUAUUGUUCCUUAAGAUCAUAAUGUUAGCCAGCAUGUCUGUGAAAACUGAAGAUUUGCAUGUCAGGGUUGAGACAUAUCUGGCAUUGCUUCUUUAUUUAAUGCUAUAUCAUCAACUUUAGAUCACCACAUUAAAGCAUUGGUUUAUAAUACCUCUUGCUUUCAAAAGACACAUGUCCCUAAAAUUAUAUAUACCUUAGCAUGCAGCAUUUACUCAGCAUGAAAAGCAACAGAAAAACUUUAAAAUCAUACUUAGCUUUCAACAAACACAGUACAGUACUUUCAGUAAAUCACACAAGAAUUAAUCAAAAUAAUGUGUUAGCAACUAGCAAGCUUUAAAGUUUGGAUAUAUUUAAAUGAAAUAUCUAGACUGGACAUUCGGCAUUACUUAACAUGUCUAGCCAGACAGCAUAAGCCACAGAUCCAUACAAAUAUUGUGUAAUUCACAGAAAUUCUGUGAUGUACAUCUGUUUGUUAGAAAUAGUUUAAUAUGCUUUACAUAGAAUGUAUGUCAGUUGUUCAGUCUUAGUGUUGUAAGACUCUUGUACGUUGUGUGGUCAGCAAUAGUCAUGCCUUGCUUAGUCUGUGAAGGAAAAAAGCAGAUUUUACGUAACAGUAUAGAAGGCACUCAUACCUGAUAUUUUUUUUCAAUUUGUAAUAUAAUUAGGAAAUGUAAAUAUCAUUAAAGUCUGUUUUGUACAUUUAA